UAAUCUCUUCCAUCACUUAAAUCUCAAUUCACCGCAAACCAAAAAAAGCUUCAUCAUCAUCUUCUUCUUCUCUGCAUCAUCACAAUGGCUGAAGUACGUUCACAACAACAACAACCCCAGCAUGUGCAAGUCCACGCAACCACAACACACACCCCACAACACCAUGGCGGGGAAGGUGGCAGCGGCAUUCUGAACCUCAUCCCGGAGAUGUCCCUCACGGGUUCCCAACUCCUAGCUCUCCUCGCCGGCGUUCCCCUUGGUGCAAUGCUGCUCCUCCUCUCCGGCAUCUCGCUCAUCGCCAGCCUCUUGGGGCUGGCGGUGGCGACGCCGCUCUUCAUCUUCUUCAGCCCGCUGCUGGUCCCCGCCGCCUUCGCCAUAGGAAUGGCGGUGACCGCGGUGCUGGCGGCGGGGGCGUGCGGGCUGGCGGGGCUCGUGUUGUUCUCGUGGGUGGUGAACUAUCUCCGGCAGAUGCCACGGGGGACGACGAUGAUGACGGUGCUGCCGGAGCAAGCGAAGCGGCACGUGGCGGACAUGGCGGAGUACGUGGGGCAGAAGACGAAGGAGGUUGGGCAAGACAUUCAGACAAGGGCACAUCAUGCCCAGGGAACAACAAGGAUGACAGUGCAUUGAGUUAUCAUGAGACAAGAAAAUGGUUUCAAUUUAUAUCGCUUAUGUAUGACUUGUGAGAUAUACUAGUAUGUAAUUAACCUUUGGUACGUGUGUUUUGGACUUUGGAGGAGUUCCAUUUUCAGUGUUCCAUGUUGUGUCACUUUCUGUAUUUGCUCAUGUACGUGUAAUCAGUAAUAUUAAUGCAUUUUUCUUUUGGGUUCAA